ACCAAACCAAACAAGACAACAAGGGGAAAUUAACAGAAAAUUUUAAUUUUUUCCUGCUUCACUUGAUGAUCAGUUUGUUUUAGAUAUCAUCAGUUUGACAUCAGAUGACAGGGAUUUUUUUAUUCUAAAGGGAAUAAUAAGCACACAUUGUUGUGUUGAUGCUGUCAGGUUGUUGUUUUUCCUCUCUUGGCGCAGUCUAACUCAGCUGGAGUCGCAUAGGGAUGCCAUACAAUCCUAUAGGAAGCGACUCUCGCAGUUUUGACAGGCAACAAUUUACCAAGAAAUCUAAAAAGGACGUAAUCUGGAGGAUCUUUUCGCUUUAUUAAACACGCGACCGCGAUGGAUGAAGUCACUGUCAGCGAGAGCAUCCCAGAUCUGAAAGACAUAGAGGUGAAGAUCGGACGGAAGACCCCCGAGGGUUUGCUCAGGUGGAUGCGGGAAGAGGCGUCUUCUCUCCGGGGAGACGCCAAGCUGACCACCGCUCAGGCUCAGCACGACACCAGCAAGGAGACUGGGAGGAAGAGUUUGGAUGAAAAGAUCAGGAAACUGAAGAUGGAGAUGGCUCACUUGCGCUCAGUGGACGUGAAGCUCUUGCAGCAGUUGCUGGCGGUCCAUGAAGGCAUCGAGGCAGUGAAAUGGCUGCUGGAGGAGCGCAGCACGCUGACGAGCCGCUGCAGCAGCUUGACCAGCAGCCAGUACAGCCUGGGCGAGGGCCCCGACACCUCCUGGAGAGGCUCCUGGAGCAGCCUGCAGGACCCCAAUGAGAAGCUGGAUAACAUCUCCAUCGGCAGCUACCUGGACACCCUGGCGGAUGACAUGGACGAGUACUGCCCCUCCAGUUCGGAGUCGGUCAUCUGCUCCAACGCGCCGCUGGUCUCAGAGGCUACUGCUGGGGGCCGGACAGGGGGAGGCCCCGGGGUCGCGGUCACAGCAGCUGGAGUAGGAGCUGGGGUGGGGGUGAGGCCUGGAAGUGGGAUUCUGGCUGGGCCAAAUGAAAAUGGAUCUGGGGUUGGAAAUGGGAUGGAGGUGAAAGGUGGACCAGGGACUGCUGUUAUCAGUGCUAUCACUGGGAUUGCUGGGACUGAAGCUGGGAAACCAGCUGUUCCUCUCCAAGCCAAGUCUGAGAGCCCCAAGCAGGACGCUCCGGUCUGGACGAAGGCUUCAGAGACGGUUAAAGGAAGCUCCGUUACCAAGGACAACACCCAGACACAAGCUGUUAAGGCUAAUGGCGUCCUGGAGAAACCAGUCACGCAAACAGGCAGCCCAACCCGCCUCCGCCUCAACGAGAAACUGGGAACCGGCCAGAGCCCCAAACUCAAACCUUACAAAAACGGAAAGAUCGACUUGGAUACUUGCAAAAUGAACGGCAAAAUGCAUCUGGAGUACGACGCGCACUGGCGGUGGGUGCAGUCGCAAGAAGAUGUGACGUUUUUGUAAGGAGGAUAAUAACAGAGGGGACUAAAGCCACUAUUGACCACUCCCUCUGUAACAUCAAAGACCAGAUCACUGAAGGACAGAAGAAGAAGAGUGAACUGCUGUUAUGAAAUUCACAUAGCGAGGCUCUCCUUGUUGAAAGACACUGGGUUUGAAAGACAAAGAAUAACUUCUUUUUGUCCUGUUGUUCCUUCCUGUGACUGCACUAACUUUCUAUAAAACAUUGAUGUCAGUAUUAAGGUGGAUGCACAUUUCAGGAUUUUGACUAGCCAAACUGGGCUGCUUGCCUCACACAAACAUAGGAAAAUCAAUUUUAAAAUCCUGCGUCAUAGUUUUUCUCAGGUUCUUUCUUUCUAUUCCCUGAUUUCUUUUCUUUUCUUUUCCAAAGCACAGUGAGAUGAUCUGCCGGAGAGCUGAAACAUGAUUUUAGAUUGCUUGACAAAGUACAUCAACCAAUGUAAAUUAGAAGAUUUUAAUUAUAUUUUGAUCUUCUCAUCCAGAAAAAUAAUACCCAUGAGCUACAAUUUUUUUACUCUCAAUCUAAAAUCUAAUUAAAACCCAGGGGCACAACAAAGAUUUCUAACCCCCUUAAAGAAUAUUGCUCUGGGAUCUUCUUAAUUACUUCAUACGCCCUGUGGUGGACCUGAUAGAGAUGAUUGUACUGCUUUUAAAGGGAUAGUUUGGGUAUUUUGAAGUGGGGAUGUAUGAGGUAGUCCAUCCAUUAGCAUAUUUAUAUUAUAUAUAUAUUUAUAUUAUAUAUAUAUAUAUAUAUAUAUAU